AGUAUUAUAAGAAACUGUGUAUGGGUUUACAUAGGGAUGUGUCAACCACUUCGAGUAUGACGUCCCCUCAUUUUAGUUUGUAUCAAGACACAAAGGUAAAAAAGAGAAGAAGUAAAACUUACGGAUCAAAUAAGCACAGAAGAGCAAAGCACCAAUUGAAGAAAAAACCAGUUCGGCAACGUGAUUGCGCCAGAACAUCAUCAGAAAACUGGUUAGAAUCAUCAACCAAAGUGCGGCGAACAGAACGCCUCCCAACAUCGUAAAGUCCCAUUUCGUUUGGAAAGCAAACACUGUAAGCGCAAUCACGACGACGGCGGUAAGUCCAACUGCAAUCAUUACCUAAAAAUUGCAAUUCGGUGCAAAGUGGGCAAAUGAGCGAAAUGUACAUUUUAAUUGAAUUAAAGAAAAACAUGUAUGUACCGUGUCCGGAGGAUAGUUUAUGGUGGCCAUUCCGACCAUAAUUGAUUCACCGAUCGUAAACAGCGAUAAAAAGAUCAUAUUGGUGGGAGAUGUACGUCGCACACCUUCACAACAACUCAAUGUGAUUAUCGUAACGAACACUAAGAUGAGGGUAACUGGAAACAGCCAUCCAAUAUUUUUUAUCGCAAAAUGUUUGGUACCAUCAUGAUGAACGCAUGCCAUGACGACGAGAAAAGUGAAAAGUAGUUGUACCUAAAACCAAAUUUAUUCCAUGACAGAUUAGUAGAGAAUCGUUCAAAAGCAGCUUCAAUUCAUUUACCGAUAGAAUGGAGUACACUUUACGGAUGAACCCCCGACGAAUAGUCUCCGUGUUGAAUUGGAAACCUUUGACAAUUGGAUCGGUGUCAUGAAUCGGCACGUGCAUAUCUGCUGGAGGUGGAGGCAUAUUGGUCGAUGCAUAUCCGUACGGAGCGAAACCUGCUUGUGGUGGAUAGGCAGCCUGUGGAGGUUGUUGAGCUCCGGCUGCUUUGCUGUCCAUGCCAUACGGCACUUGCAUAUUUGGUGGUGGUGCAUAUGGUUUGUCUAUAAAAAAAAAGUUGACACAAAAAGAAAAGGAUUCCAAAUUACUAUUGGUUUUCACUUUGAAACUGAGCAAAACCAAUUUGUUUUUCGUCUCAAAAUAGAAUUGAAAUCGGUUUGUUGUUUCCGAUAAAAAGUGAAGCCAACGUUUCAAAACAUGAAAUAAACUUGGUUUUUCAUAGGUUUCGAGCGAUAAUUAUGCAUUUUGUACAUUUACAUUAACAUGGUCAAUAAACGGUACUUCUGCUCAUCGUGUGAUGAGUCACUGUUUUUUCGUAUCUUUCAUAAUCAAAUAGACGAUUCUACUGAUAAAACACAUUUCAUCCGAAGCCGCCCAAUUCAAAUAACACACGAAUCAUUGGAACUGAAUAUGUUUAUUAAUUAUGUGAUAGUAUGAAAUCAUAAUUAAAUAUGAACAACAACAAAAAUACACACACUGAUACUAGUGUGGUUCUUAUAUGAAAGAAAGAUUGCGGAAAAUGGUGAAAUCAAUCGAGAUUAGAAAGCAUCCGCUAUAUUUGAACAUUCAAUAACUGUUCCAUUCAGCUAUAGAUCGAAAAAAAAAAUUGCAAUGAAUCUACGCGUAAAAUGGAGGAUUAUUCCAAGUUAUUUUUAGAUAUUCGCAUUGGAGAUACGGAUUUCGAAGAAACGGAAUAUCAAAUGCCAUUGGCAGUGAUACAGAGAAAACAAAAAAACAGUAACUAGGAUACAAAUUGAUUGUAGAUCGACAAUUCUUACCAGACAUUGUUUUUAUUUUUUACAAAAUUCUACAAAUAUAAAAAAAAUUCAGAUGUAUUGUUUUCUUCUUGUGAAAUUCCAACAAAACGAGACAGUGGACAAACUAUUUGAAUCGACAUGCAAUUUAAAAAAAUUUGGAGUAAAACAAUUCGACACUUGUCAAAAUGGAAAUUAUACUAAGCGAAAUGUAUUCGUCUAGCGUCAAUAUGUUUGUAUUGUGGUAUUUACUGCUUCUGUUCAUAGAGUUAGACGUGUCUCGUUGCGUUCAACGCACACGACCCUCAAUUUUAUGCAGUUUCUAUUUGUUUUUUUUUACUCCAAUUUCACGUGUAGAUGGCGUUUUUCCAUUGGGAUUUUAAUCCGAUUUUGUUCCUGCGAUGCAGAUUUAUUUAAUCGAGAAUUCGCAUAUGCAACGGCAUCUGUUGGAAACGAAUCGCAAACAUUCGCCCAAAACACGAACAGAACACACAAAAUUGGCGCGAAUUCCCAUUCAAUAGUUGACAAUCAUUGUGUUUCGUAUUGUUUUUUUUUCUUGUGGUGCCGCUCCAUCGAAUUGAAAUCAAAUUUCAAAGUGUAUUUUAUCAAACAUUUCUAUUGUAAUUUUUAUGUGAGCUAGGAAGAAUAAAUUGUGAAUUUUAAAAUGCCAUACAAAAGAUCAUGCUUGCGAUACGCACACACGAAUGGUCAAUCACAUUGUUGCUACACUGAGAACGGAGAGCAUGUGAUAACAACUGGAUCUGAUGGUGACAUUCGCAUUUGGAACGGUGUGGAUGAUGAUGAUCCCAACACACAAUGCGUCGGCGAAUUCAUUUUGUAUCAUGCCUAUUACGAGCAGCGCAUCCUCACAUCCACCGAUUUGAACACCGUACAAGCCUACACAUAUCCCGAAUACAAUCGUGAUGGCACCGAAUUUCGUUUCACCGCCCCAGUGACUUGCAUCAAAGUCAGCGCCAAGUAUUUGGCCGCUUGUUCAGAAGAUAUGACCAUCAAAGUGACUCCAAGAGACAAAUCCAUUGAACCCUUUGAAUUAACCGAGCAUACGGGCCCUGUUUUACGUAUUGACCUCAGCUCAAAUGGAUUGUUAGCGUCUAGUUCCGGCGAUGGAACCAUCAAAAUCUGGAAUUUAGAGGAGAAAAAGUGCAUUAAAACCAUUUCUGGCUUCGAUAAAAUCAAAAGCUAUCAGAUUACACAAGUAUAUGUUACACCAUCUUUUGAGCCCAAAAAUGGUAAAUUCAUGGCAUACAAUCACAAUAAAAACAUUGUUAUUGUUGACACACAAAAUUGGGCUGUGAAAAAAACGCUGACUGAUGAACAGACCAAGUCGAAUUACAGUGUGUGUUCGUAUUCAAAAUGCGGAAAAUACAUAGCGGCUGGCGGUGAGAAUGGUGAGUUUUCGGUGUGGGACAUCGAUGCGAACAAAAUAAUUGAAGAGGACAAAUUUGGUGAUAACGAAGCGCAAUGUAUUACGGCCAUCGAUUGGAAUCCAAACAAUAACGGCGAAUUUGCAUUCACUGAUAACACCGGCCAGUUUGGAUUGAUUGAAAGCAUUACGGAUCAUGAUGACAACAUUAUUGACCGCGAUGAAAUCGAGAAUGGAAUGGAUGAAGACAUUGAUUAUGGCGAUAUUGAGUUCCCCGACGAUCCAGAGGAUACGGACAAUGAAAACUGUGUGUCAUUGGAAAAGCUAAAAAAUGAAACGAUGAAAUUGAAAACGGUUGACGAUGAAAUCGACGAAUUUCUGGAAGGUGCGUCGAUAAAAACGGGGAAUGAUGUGAAUGAUGAAAAAAGCGAUGGUCGCAACACUGCAGCUGGCCAUUAUGCAAGGACAUAUGACUUGCAACCGCCAUUUCAACCAGGUGAAACACCAAAGAAUUUGGAACAUCGUUAUAUGGUAUGGAAUCAUGUUGGUAUCGUGCGCGCUCACUUAACUCCCACCGAGAAUUCAAUUGAAGUUGAAUUCCAUGAUGCGAGCAUCCACCAUGGCCUGCACAUGGUGAAUCACUUGAAUCACACAAUGGCCAGCUUGAGUUCAUCAGUUCUUGCACUAUGUAAUGAAACGCCCAGCAAGUUGGUGUGUAUCAUUUUGGGUGGUUCUGGUGGUAGUCGCGAAUGGUCAAUGUCAAUGCCAAAUUGUGAGGAGAUCCUUUGUGUCGCCGCUUCAACAAAAUUGGUUGUCGUUGCUACCGAUGCACGAUUCUUGCGCUUAUUCAGUGCAAUGGGGACACAGCGAGAGAUUGUAUCAUUGCCCGGCCCAGUUGUUGCGCUUGCCACACAUGACGAUCGCAUUGUGGUGGCCUAUCACAGCUCCGCUGCAACGGAAGAUCAACACAUUUCAAUGAUGCUCAUUCAAACGAUUGGCCUUAGUUUGCGAUGUCGCGAAUUCAAAGUUGCACUAACACAAAAUUCCAAACUCACUUGGCUUGGCUUCUCCGACAAAGGGUCACCCGUGACAUGUGACACAAUGGGAAUGCUUCGUAUGUUUUCGAUUCGAUCGAAUCAUUGGAUUCCCAUAUGUGACACCAGUCUACACUCAAAAGGUGCGUCAGACAAUCAUUUCAUCAUCGAAGUGUCGGAAUCAUCACAAAUUGUCUGCGCGAUUUUAUGCCGUGGUUCAAUGUAUCCGCUUACAACGCCAAAGCCAAUGGUCUCCGAAUUGAAAAUGCAAAUGCCCGUUUGCGAUAUCGAAGCCGAACAAUCACAAUUCGAAGAAACAUUGGUGCGUAAUAGCAGUUUCAAUGUGGAUGAAUCGGAUAAAAACAUAAAGGAAAUCGCCAUCAAAUUAUUCGCGAUUGCCUGUCGGUCAGAGUACGAGCCACGUGCCAAGGAACUUAUCGAGAUGAUUGCCCUGCCAUCACUUCUGACGCUGGCUAUUAAGUAUGCAAGCAAAUUGGGUCGUAUUCAUCUGGCCGAAAAAUUGGGUGAACUUCUGCCACAAUUUGAAGAACAAGAAAAAGAACGGGAAAAAUAUGAUGAAAAUGAAGCAGCCAGCGAAUUACUCUUGAGCACGCCAACUGCACAAAGUCUUAUUCGCUCAAAUCAAGGAAAGAAUUCAACUCCAUCUGUUGUGCCGAAACCACUCUCAAUAAGUCAACUGAAGAGAAACCCAUUCAAGAAGACACCGACCAGUGCUGGUAAGGCGGUAUCAAAUGCUUUCAAACACUUAACUGACACCGCUAUUGGAUUUGAUUCGCAAGAGACACCAGAUCUGGACUUUGAAUCGACAUCAGAAAGUAUACAAGAUACACAAUAUACAGAGAAGGAGAAUCUGAACAUAGAAAAUAACACACCAAAGGCUACGGGAACUCGGCCUCCGUUUGUGGAAUUUUAUAAUGAACACCGAGCCGAAUUCGAAAGAGACAAUCCAGAUGUUACACCGGCUGUGCUCACAAAAAUCGCAAUGAACAAAUACAAGCAAAUAUAUCCAAGCAAAUCAAAUGGAACACCCAGUGGUGCGAGCAACAACGAUGACGCAAACAUAUCGAAUGGUCUUAGUGCCAAGCGGAAAAUCAACACCGAUGACAAUGAGCGAUCUGGUAUCGCAAAAUUGGCUAGAUUCAGUUUCAAAAAGCAAUAAGCACUGCCACAAUUUCAUCAUUACACAUAGCUUCAUGGAUUUUGUCGAUAGUUAAGCAUUUAUUUAAUAAUUUUGAACUUUAAUUGAAACAUUCACACACAUUCUAAAUACGAAUUAAUGAAAAACAAAAUGAAUAAAAUGCACGUCUAGGACCAAACUAAUUUAUACUGUGAAA